AUGGCCAUCCCAACGACGUUGCCCGCCAGUUGGUAUUGUAGCCCAGCCUUGCACCAGCUGGAACGGCGGGCCGUGUUCCUACGCUCCUGGUUCUUCCUGGGCACCAUCAACAAAUUCCAGACUGGCGAGACCGCCCGCUUCGAGAUCGCCCAGAUCGAGUUAACCGUCGUGACCACGGCGGCCGGCGGAAGUUCCGCCAAGACCGUCAAGGUGUUAAAUGCCUCCAAUGGCGAAGAACUGCGAAGCCAGCAAACUCGCACGGGUCUCGUCUUCACGACAAUUUCAUCCGAAGCACCGUCCUUUGACGACUUCUUCCCCGGUCUCCAGGACCUGCUCGACUCGUACGACUUCACGCGUCUCCCGCACCGCCGAUCCUUGACCUACGAUGGCAACUUCAACUGGAAGACCAUGAUGGACGGGUUCCAGGAAUGUCUGCACUGCCAGUUCACGCACCCGGGCCUGUCGAAGCUGUAUCCGCCGACGUUCUAUCGCGUGGUGAACCAUCACAACUGGUCGCGGCAUUUUUCUAAUCCAGACCGCGAUGACGAUGGGCUGUUUCUGUUCUUCUUCCCGAUCAGUACCUUGAAUUUGUAUAAUGGGGGGAUGUCCACGUUCCGGGCGUGUCCGUCGGCGAAACCCGGCGUGUCCCGCAUGGAGUUUGACUAUUAUAAUUUGGUGUCUGGCGAGGAGUUUGAAGAGUAUUAUAAGUUCGUGCGCCAGGUUGCGAAUGAGGAUUUCGACCUGUGUGAGCGUGCGCAGGCCAAUCUCGAGAAGGGGGUAUACACGGAGGGAUGCCUCAACCCGGAAAAGGAGACGGGGGUGGUUUUCUAUCAAGAUAGAGUAUUCGAGAUGGUCAUGGCUCAGCACGCGAGGGAGAAGGAACAGAGGAGCGGAAACCCUUAG